CAAUGACAGACAACAAACAAUGCACUUCAGGGACCUGAGUGAUGUGACAUGUCAUUUGCCUUUUGUGCCAUAGUGUUGCGGUCGUUGCGGUUAUGUGUAGUUAAGUGUAGUGGACAUUGUAACCCGUCGCAUUGGUGACUGAUUUUGACAGAGCGUAAAGUUUGGUAACUGUGUUACAUGUUAAAUAAAACUAAUGGGUGUUGAUUAUAUCUUAUUCCUAAUAGACUUUGGUACCUGCUUGAGACUGUAAUUUUUAAUGUCAGUUUGUUUUUUUCUAUGAAGUAGUAUGUACCUGACAUUGGCACAUUACACGUACGCAUAGUGAAUUAUACGUGUUAGCAUAAAGUGUAGAGGAUUAUAGCAGCGUAAACUGGAUCUCUGAAAGUAUUAACGAGAAUUGUGUCGACGCAACAAGGAAUAUGACAUCAAGCUGGACAAAAGAGUUUAAAAUUAUAUGCCAGCGUUUACUUUUCCGGGUGGUAGAAGUAGUGUCCAGUGUUUUGUUUUGGGUGGUGUAUCAUGGCUCUGGAGAGAAGAUGCCGCCUAUUGAGAAUCUCCUUCUACUUGAUACUGCCACUGCAAUUGCUCACAAGAUACGGACACGGAAAGUGACAAGUGUAGAAGUGGUAAAAACCUUUAUUGCCAGAAUAAAAGAAGUGAAUCCUAUUUUGAACUGUGUAGUAGAUGAAAGAUUUAGUGAAGCAUUAGAAGAUGCUCGUAAAGUUGAUGAAUUCAUUCAGUCUGGAGUUAAAUCAGUACAAGAUAUUGAAAAAGAUACUCCUUUUCUCGGAGUGCCUUUCUCUACUAAGGACUGUCUCCAAGUUACAGGGUUAUCCCAUACAGCUGGUCUGCACUGCAGGAGAAAUGUUAAAGCCCCACAAGAUGCUGACACCAUAGCACUGAUGAGAGAGGCAGGAGCAAUUCCUUUUGCUAUAACAAACGUUUCAGAGGUCUGCAUGUGGUGGGAGAGCAAUAAUACGGUCUAUGGGCGGUCCAACAAUCCAUACAACACAAACCACAUAGUUGGAGGCUCUUCAGGAGGAGAGGGUUGCCUAUUGGCUGCAGCUGGGUCACCUUUGGGCAUUGGGUCCGAUAUUGGUGGAUCCAUCCGUAUGCCCUGUUUCUUUAAUGGUAUAUUUGGUCACAAACCCUCCAAAGGAAUUGUCUCAAAUCGAGGCCAACAUCCAUGUCCAUCUGAGGAACAAGAAAGCUUCUUGGGGGUUGGUCCUAUGUGUAGAUUUGCUGCAGACCUUUUGCCAACAUUGCGAAUCAUUGCUGGCACCAAUGUUGAUAGACUCCAGCUAGAUGCUAAGGUUGAUAUCCACAAGAUACAAUUGUUUUAUAUGGAGGAUGAUGGAGGAUCAGCUGUUGUAAGUGCAGUACACCCAGAGAUAAGAGUAGCUCUCCGCAAAGCUGUGUUUUAUUUUGAUAAGGCAUAUGGCAUCAAAGCACAGAAGGUUCAGAUAAAGAAAAUGAAGAAUUCGGCUGCCAUUUGGUUUGCUAAAAUGAAGACAAGAGAUGGACCAGCAUUUUCUGAACACCUCCUGGACUGUAAGGGCUCAGUCAAUGUGUACUGGGAGUUACUGAAAUGGUUGAUAGGUAUGUCUAACCAUACUUUCAUUGGAAUCACAACAGCACUUAUUGAAAAAUGGGGUAUUGAGCAUGGAAGUGAACAUCACAGGUACCUGAUUGGCCAGUGCAGUCAGCUAUAUGAAGAAUUACAAGAAAUGCUGGGAAAUGAUGGUGUGCUUCUAUAUCCAACACACCCAAUCCCAGCACCAUACCACAAUGAACCACUAGUGAAACCAUUCAACUUUUCGUAUACUGGCAUAUUCAAUGUUCUGGGAUUGCCUGCCACACAUUGUCCUUUGGGGCUGAGUUCACAAGGCCUUCCCAUUGGAAUACAGGCAGUUGCCUCUUUAAACCAUGACCACUUGACGCUUGCAGUAGCACUUGAAUUAGAAAAAGCUUUUGGUGGAUGGGUACCACCAUCAAUAAUAGUGUGACAUUUGCAUCGUGCCUUGACAAGAAUGUGUUCUGGAGUGCUGCAUAUAAUAAACAUAAGUAUUCAGUCUGGUUUUACCAGAAAACAAGAAGAUAUAUUAGUUGUUUUCAUUGCUUUCAAAUGGUCAGAAAGGUUGUGCCUACUCUUAACUGUUUUUAUAUAAAUCCAUCUGAUUAGUUAUUGAUAAGUUGGUGCAUACAUGAGAAAUGGCAGUUUGUAUUACAACUAUAUCAUGAAAAGAUGUGCCACCUGAAAGGUAUGUAAAUAAACACAUAUGUUUGAUAUCGUUUAUGUUAUAAAUACUUGUGCCUUUGUGAGAAUUUCAUCACAUACAACAUUAUUUGGUGAAGGAUUAUUAGACCUAUGCCAAAGCCAGAAACCCAUCCCUUGUAAGCUCUCCAACUCCUUGUUCAACAUAUAUAGAUACCAGCUCCAUCCACAGCCUGAGAAUGCAAUAUGCAAUUAUGUCAAGAACCCAUUUAACAUCAAGAUGAAACUUUGGGAGGAGACUGUUUAGAGGUAGGAGGAAUUAGCCUGGGAUCAUGUCCAAUGGUGUGCUCUACUACUGAACCUUAGAAUUUUACUGCCAGGUGUUUUCACUUUUACACUUUAUAUGGACAUUCUCUUUCUGCUACUGCAUCAGAUAUGACAGAUGUCAGGUACAGAGGAUUUGUUUAAUCAAUGCAGGCACUCAGGUUGUCUCAGCUUGAGUAUAAUUAAUUGAUUUGGAUACUAUAAUAUAUUAAAUCUUACUCCUUAGGUAGAAGUGAUAGGAAGAACUUAAAUACUUACAUCUCUUUAAAUACUUAUGUCACUGUGGAAGGGAUUUAAAAAUUAUAAUGGACUGCAGCAUCUUCAUGGCAUGAUGCUUAAUUAGGCAUGUAUAUCAUUGGCCAAGUCAAGUAAUUUGUUGUUCCAUGUAGCGAUAUGCUGUUUUCAUUUUUUACUAGCCUUGUUCCCUCUCUUAAAGAAAAUAGGCUUGUAAGAUCAACAUGCUGUGUGUUGUGUACCUCCCACUUUCAACUAUUGAAGCCAGUUGAUCUUCACAAAAUGUGGUAUGAACGUUAUGCCACUGGUGGCAUCUCCCAUGUCUUGCUUUUUAAUUUCCUGUAUUCAUUCACAACAUGACAUAUGUAUGAACCUUUGAGUCGGGAUUGACAUUAAUGCCUCUUAAUUCAGGAUUCUGAAAUGAUGUGUGACAGUAUAUCUUCAAAAAUUAUACAACUGACAUAAUUUUUUGUUGUCAUUGUUGAAUUAAGAUGAUAACAAAGCAGUCAUGUGAAAUUUUUCUUUAAAUUUCAGUUUGAUAAUAAUUAAAA